AUGGACCUCGCCACGGACGCGCACCCGGCGAAGGCGCUGCAGGGCGGCCCCCCGGCCGCCGAGGCGCAGGAGACGGAGAAGCUGCUGACGCGCGGCGGCGCCCGCCUCUCCAAGUCCUUCUCGGCCGUCGACGGGGCGCUGGCGGCGGGGGCGGCGGAGAGGAACGGCCCCCACGUCGGCCCCUACCAGGCCAGCUCCGAGGGGCAGCUGGAGCCGCGCUCGCGCUCGACCUCGCUCUCGCCGUCGCGGCUCAGCCUGGGGCGCGCCUCGUCCACGGCCACCGCGUCCAACCUGCACGAGCCCGGCCGCUCGAGGGACUACCUGCCGCUGGCCAUCUUCUCGUGCUUCUGCCCGGUCUGGCCCAUCAACAUCCUGGCCCUGGUCUUCUCCAUCAUGUCUAGGAACAGCCACCAGCAGGGCGACGUGGACGGGGCGAGGCGCCUCGGGCGAGUGGCCCGGUUCCUCAGCAUCCUCUCCAUUGUGCUUGGGACCCUCAUCAUCCUCAUCUGCUCACUGAACUUUGCAGCGGCCAAGCUGGUUCUCUCAAGCCCGGGCCACCGCCAGCCACUGGCCACCAGCCACCGGCUGAAGCCCCCCUGCCUGAUGGCUAGAAUCGCGUGGCCGCCGACUCUCACAGAAACAUCUCCAGGCUUUUGA